GUGUGACUGUGCCUGCAGACAGAUCUAUCCCAAGUACCAACAUUCUGCUGUUCCUUAGUUUGAAUGGCGCAGCCUUCGCUCACUGGCUGUGAAUUUGCAGUUUAGUUCCUUGUCGUUUACAUUGAAUUACAAUUUCUGGGGUUCGUAAUUACAUCAUAAACUACUGUGAGAAACCAAUCCUAAACGAAGCACUACUAUUUAGAAUACAAACAACCUUACAACAUGUAAAGGAUUUAGGUUAUUAUGGCAUCUGGAGAUCACAAUGUUGAAAAAAGAGAUUUCCAAUACGUCGAGGAGGGUCGGCCCAAUGAACUUCUCAAACAAAAAAAGCAACCUUCUGGCAACAAGAACAUGAAGGAGGUUACGUUUUUUAAAAAAGAAGAGUUAAAUAAUAAUAAGAAGAGAUCUCCAGUUGGUCAAACUGCAAACAGCUCCUGUAAGGGGAAGAGGGUGGUGUCCCACAAAAGGAAAAGCAGACACCAGGUUGUGAACCCCUGUGGGAGACGGAAGCAGCCCCCUCUGAGAAGGGUCUGUGACAUGGCAAACAAGGAAAAUGAAGUGGCAUGUGCAAGCAGCUUGUAUGAAAAACUACACAAGGACCGUUGUACCUUCCCAGUGAACUCCGGGGACUCCACUAAGAUGGAGGGUGCUGCUUCCAAGUACAGCGAUUAUUUCAUCGAGAUAUCUAAGGAUCAUGAUACAAUGACACAAGUACUUUUUGGGAGAAAUCUGAGGCUUAAUGUAGCUCUGAGUCUUUGGCGAAGAAAUGCAAGUGAGCUGGUGGCGUACCUCAUCAGAAUUCAAGAUAUUGGUGUGCUGGCGGAUUGUCUACCUGUAAUAACAAAAAGCCUUCAAGAGGAGAAACCAAUUAUUUCUAUUGGCUGCUGUGUUGACCUCUUACCACUAAUUAAAAAUAUUCUUAAAAGUAGAUUUGAAGAAUACCUGAUAGCUGGGUUACACUGGGUGCAGUCUGUCAUUAAGAAAUGGUGGCCUGAGUUAUCUGCAAAUGGAGCAAGUGCCCGCGAUAGCCACCCAGAGGAUGGAAAUAUUCAGAUUAUGAAGCAGCAAUUACAAGAACUGUGGGAACAAGGAAGUCAUUUGAGUUUUGUUCCAGGAACUGCAGGUGAAAUCGCAAAGACUGUUGAAUUGUAUUUAUCACAGCUGCGCUGAAGUGUAUGUGAAAUACUUGGAGGAAGUAACCACUCCCAGAAAUUGCCGUCACAAAGCUGCUUUUCAGCUCUACAGUGAAACGGAUCACAUGGUCUCCAGGAACACUACCAAGAGUGAUUCUGCUCUCCUACCCUGUACAAAGCCUUCUGUUCAUUUGAAAAUUACUGCUUCACAUUGAAGUGGUGGACUUGCCAGGAGGUACACACUAAAUACAUAUUUAUCAGGACAUUGGUAAGCGCUAAGCUAUAAAAACAAAAUAAUAAAAACAAAUUAAAUCCCUGUAAGUGCCAAUUGAUUUUCACUACAGCAUAUAUUGCCAUACAUUUGUAUAGAUGAAUGUUAUAAUUAUUGUAACACAGGUUUCAACUGCAGCCCUGAACUUGAAAGAGAAACAGAAUCUGAACUUAAUAGAACAUUCACGAUUUGCCUGACCAUGUAAACUUGGCUGUAAAUGUAUAUACCACUGUUCUUUCAAUCAAAGAUUAAAUAAAUUUGCAAAAUGUUUGUGUCACAUCAAACAAGAAUUGCAAUUAAUGACUUAAAAAGAAAGAAGAUAGGAUUGUGCUUGCUACACUAUUUUUAGUUGACCAUCGAAGAUGUCCCCUCCUAAAUUAUUUUACUUUUACAGAUUUUUUUUUUUGUUUUAAGAGAAAAUACAUUAUGUUCAUAGCAUAUCAAUUAAGUAUUUUAUUUUGGAUAAGUGGUUGGACAAAAAAUUGUGAAGUUGAUCCAGCACAUCUGAGUGUGCAAAACUGUCUUAAUUUAGUUAGAAUUGCUUCCUCCGUUGCUCUUAAAGUAACUUGCACUUUUAAAGAUACAAAGCAUGAAAUAUAAGCACUAAUUACUUUUUAAACUGUGUUUUGAGCUUUUCCAAAUUGUUUAAAUGUAGCGUAUGACUGACUUUUUUUUUUUUUUUUUUUUUAAAUGGACUGAAAUGCAACUUUUUGCAUAAAGUUGCAUCAGUCAGUGAUUCAUGUUCUGUAUUGAGAAGCAGAGUUUUCAAAGUGCAAAAAAUAUUUUAUAAGUUUCAAUAAAGAUGUUUGUAUAGAUAUAUAAAAAAAAA